GUUGAGAUCCCCUGCAGUAAAGGUUAGUUAAAGAAAUAGAAGAGGGGGAUUAGUUUAUUAGCUAUAACUCCAUUAACCCCUAAUUACUAGCCACCAAUGGAAUUUUUCUUUUAAAUUAUGAAGAUUUUACAUCAUUAAUUCCAUCUGUCUGGGAAUAUCUAACUUCUGAAAGUCAUGAGAAUCCUAUUUUCAUUUUGUUUUACAGAGAAAAAUAAAGCUUUGCAAGGACUCCUUUCUAAGCUAAACCUGCAGGAAUACCAAAGCACGAAGCUCGGGCUGCGGGAUGUCCUGGAAAUUAGCUCAGAAAGUAUAGAAAACUGGACUCCUCAGAUGUUAGAGGAUUUACCGUGGCAUUUCCUGAGGAAAGUCAUGGCUCUGAAUGGGACGGCGAGAAAUACAAGCCUUGUGCAUAGACCAUGUGAUGAUGAAGGCGGCAGUGAGGAGGCACAGAUUGCAGGUGGAGAUGUUUUUAGUUUUAGUGACACUGACAUCAGAGAGUCUGUGCACCCCCUUGAUAUUCUCUGUGCCGUUCUGCUUUGUUCCGACAGUUUCCUACAGCAGGAGAUCCUGUCCAAAAUGUCCAUGUGCCAGUUUGCCCUCCCUCUGCUGCUACCUGCCAUCAACACCCCCAGGUGCACCCUAAUGCUGUGGGCCAUGAGGGACAUUGUGAGGAAGUGGAGGCCGCACUCCCUAGCAGAGAGCAGGGGAUUCAGGGAGGAGAGCCUGGUGCUCACAGCAAUGCCAACCAUUUCCUUUGUGCGGUUGGGGAGCUGCAGCUUCUCCAAGUCCAAACUCCUCAAUGAUGUUCUCAGCCCCUCCCAGCAGCACCACGAUUUCUUCAUCCAUCAUGACAUGGAGUCUGGGAAUGUCCCUCGGGAAAUCGCAGAUGGGCUGGUCGAGAUUUCCUGGUAUUUCCCUGGUGGGAGGGAGAAUUCAGAUCUUUUCCCAGAGCCCGUUGCGGUUACAAACCUGCAUGGUGACAUUGAGUCCCACUGGCUGCAGUUCAGCUUUUUAACAGAGAUCUCCUCAGCAGUGUUCAUAGUUUCUGAGAGCAUCAGUGAGAGGCAAUAUGCGCUGUUAUCAUCUCUGCAGGGAUCAGCCACUAAAUACUACUUCAUCCUCAAUUGCAAGAAUGGAAAUCCCAAGGAAACAUUGGGAUUC